AUUCACUUCGGGGUUUUUUAUUUUUUCUUAAACAGACCAAAAACACAGAAAAUUUUGAAAAAAAAAUUUUUUUUCUUAGUUUUUGUUAUACAAUUUUGUAAAUAAGUGAUUUUUCUCCUUCACUGAUGUGCGCUAAUGUGGUUGCACUGAUGGGCACUGAUAGGUGGCACUGAUGGGCACUGAUGAGGAGGCAUUGAUGGGCACUGAUAUGUGGCAUUGAUGUGGCACUGAUGGGCACUGGCAGG